UUUCAGCCCGUUAGCUCAGGUCAGUGUCAGGUGAAGUGAACCCACACACGCUUUUCCUUCAUUCCCAAUCUGUCAGCUAAGCCCCGCCAGGUGUCGAGCCAACCAGACGGACACAGGCUCACCAGGAGGAAACCCAGAGCUGGAGUCACACGCAAAAAGUCUUAACCAGACAGACAGGAAACGCCGCACAAACGGCAGCCAGCGAACGACGUUCACGAACGCACAACCAGCGCAGACCGCAGCACCGCACAGCUCGUCAUUGUCGAACCUCCUCGGCCUGCUCCAUGGGCCUUGAGCCGCCUCUCCUAAGCAACAAACACCGCCACUCCCCAUCGUCCGCCAUGCCCGCGCUCAAUAACUUCAGCAGCCAACCCGCAGGUCUGUUCGACUCGCCGGCGCGGCCGGCCUCACCCGCUUUCGACGUGGACGACGGGUCGUCCAGCGACUCCAGCGACAACAACAACGAGCCGCCACUGGUCGAGCAGCUGCUCGCGAACCACUUACGCUUCGCGCACGCGUUCCGCAAGAACGACGCCGCCAUGAUCCUGCAGUUCCUGGCCAAGGACGUGACGCUCGUGUCCGUGGACGGCGCGCGUCAUGAGGGCCAGUCAGCUGUGCUCGCGUAUCUUGUGGGUGCGCGUAUGACCAAACUAAGCUCCAAUCUCCACAUUAAAGGCUGUCCUACGCGCUCGGGGUCGUGCCAGUCCACGUUCAUUUAUGAACACGGGAUCGUAUUCAAGGACCCGCUGUUCAUGGAGGUGAUAGACUGGAAGCCCAACAGUGGCACGAUCGUGCGGAUAGCUCACAUCGCUCUACCAGACGCCAAGAGCGGCAAAACCCCACAAGAUUUCGGCAAGUCGUCGCCUCUCCGACUUUCUUUUGGUACCAGAAUGUCGGACGAGGAGGAUCCAAGUGAAUACUGCGAAGAUUCGGACGGCAGCGAGACUUGGGAGUCCGAGAACAACAACACCACAACUCCGCCCGUGAAGGUGCGAUGUCGACGUCUCAAGUCCAACAGCUCAGCCGACAGCAGCGCCGCUAUGACUGCUGUCACCGCCGCCAGCUUGAGACUUUCCAGUAGCAGCAGCAGCAGUCAAAGUGGAGCCAACGAGGCGGCGGUGCAGCCACUAAAUCCUAGUACUGCGAUCUCUGCUGGCUGCAGAAAAUCCAUGGCGACGAUCUCACUGGCCGAGAUUUCGUGCAGAGGACUCACGCCCAUCCGUAAGCGCAAGACUGUCAACCCGUUCGUGCUGCUACAGUGUCCACAGACAGGAUCAGUAUGGAAGAGUCCUGUCAUGCGUCGAGACCCGAAUCCCAAGUGGAAUCAUAUUCCGAUGAAGAUUCCGGCUCACAACCCCACAGACGUGGUGGAGAUCUCGCUCUGGGACCACACGUUCUUCCGGUCAGUCAAGGUGGCUGGAGCGGCGCUUGUCGUGUCCGAUCUUCUCAAGGACAACGUCGACUUCAGUACUACCAUUCAGUUGGAGAGAUUCGAGUCCACACGCACCGCUGGUGAGCCUCAGUACGUGACAUUGCAGCUACGAUUCGUGCGACCGUGCGGAGACAUGGCUGUCCGCUCCUCGGAUGAAGUGGAGCAGAAUCUCGCACAGAUCGACGAGACCGAGCCAAGCAAGCAAGACACCACGGCCAGCUCGGCUCUAAGUACCGGUUUGAAGUGGCUGGUGGUGGAUCCGUUCGUGGACGGCAACCACGCCAGCUUGCUGCUGAUGCUCGUCCGUGCAGUCAUCGUCGCGGCAAUUGUGUGGAUGUUGUUCCACGCCACACUCGUGUGGCCAAUGCAAGCGUAAAUAGGAGAGAAAAUUCGUUAGAAAGCGGCAUGCAACCAACAGAAAAAAAAGAGUAUCAUCAGUAAAACGCCAUGUAAAUUAUAAACCAUCGACAAACUACAAAUUCUCCUGUUUCA